AUGUCGGCUCCGAGGUCACCCUACCGCCAGAGCCACAGAUCGUCAACCGAUGGACGAUCACGGCGACGAGAAUCAAACCACCCCAUCAUCCCUCCCGAAAAGGCACGCACUUCCAACUACUCUUCCCGCGGCGGCGAUGAGCUGCCGAGUCACAACGGGCACCUCCACCGAAAACCUCCGCCAGGUAGCAAAGUCAGAGUCAAGCCGUCCGGCGAGAGUGGCCGCAGGGGCUUCCACCCCUUCAAGUUCCUCAAGAUUUCCUGGAAGUCAUCAAGUCGAGCCUCCCUACUCUGCAACUUUCUCUGGCCUUUUGUACCUGCCGCUUUUGCCGUUCGAUACAUCCGACCAAACAACCAUGUCCUCAUCUUCAUCCUCACUUACAUCGCCAUGAUCCCCUGUGCCAACAUGGUUGGUUUCGCCGGCCAGGAGCUUUCCCGGAAAGUCAGCCACGUCUUUGGCGUGCUGAUCGAGACGACCUUUGGGUCCAUUGUCGAAAUCAUCCUCUUCAUGGUACUUCUCGCCGGAGACCAGUUCACCGUUAUCAAAGCUGCCAUCUUGGGAUCCAUCUUGGCAACUAUGCUUCUCUGCUUGGGACUGUGUUUCAUUGCCGGCGGCAUGCGACGAGACGAGGCCGAGUUCAGCGAGGUUGUCAGUGAAGCGGGUAGCGGCUUGCUCCUCACAGCCGGCGUCGCCCUCGCCAUCCCGACCCUCUUCGCCAACUCGCUCGAGAACCAGCUCACGGCCGAAGAACUCGGCAGCAAGACCCGCCACAUCUCCCGCAUCGUGUCCUGCCUCCUCAUCAUCGCCUACGCCGUCUACGUCUACUUCCAAGCCCGCACCCACCACGGAAUCUACGACGCAGUUUUUGAGCACGACGAGCAGCGCGACCGCGACAAGCGCAAGGACAUCAACAAGCCCAAGCUGACGCUGACCGAGUGCCUCGUCGCCCUCGUCAUCUCCAUUACGCUGGUGACGUUCAUGGCCAUCUACCUCGUCGAGCAGAUCGCGCCCAUUGUCGAGAAGCACAACAUCUCGGACCCCUUCAUGGGCCUCAUCCUCGUGCCCUUUGUCGAAAAGGCCGCCGAGCACCUGACGGCCGUCGACGAGGCGUGGGAUAACCAGAUGAACUUUGCGCUCUCGCACGUCCUCGGCGCCACGCUGCAGACGGCGCUCUUCAACGCGCCGCUUGUGGUUAUCGUCGCGUGGGGUCUGCACAAGCACAUGGAUCUCGUCUUUGAGGUGUUUGAUAUCGGCAUGCUCAUCUUGGCUAUCCUGACGGUUGGAAAUUUCUUGAGGGAUCAGAAGAGUAAUUACUUGGAGGGAUUCUUGAGUGUGACGAUUUACGUUGCUAUUGCCGUGGCUGCGUUUUAUUAUCCCACGCUACAUGGCGGUGCUGCUGCGGAAGGGGGAAGUGCGGAAGGGGGCCAUUGA